ACUGAGCCACCCAGGCGCCCCGUAGCUGACUUUUUAAUACAAGGCAUGAUGGGGUUUUCCACAAGUAGAUGCUGAGAAUGGAGUUUCAGACAGAAGAUGGUUACUUAGGGAUCAGCAUCUGUGAAACAGAGGAGAGAGCAGGAAAAGGAGUCAGCCACAGUGCAGACUCAACAAAGCCUCGGCCAGUCUUGCAGGGAGUUCUGAAACACAUACUGCCCUUCGUUGUCUCAGGUUGGGCUAAAGUUAGAAAUGUCAGGGCCUUUGUCCCCCUGCCUCCCUCAGUCCCUAGAUACUGGUGCCCCGGGAAGGGACCUGACCUGGCAAGGCAGUGCUGUGCAGCUGACCCUAAACUCUGUGUCUGGGCAACAAGUCUUUUGAAGCUUUCCAGUGAGGCCUGAGUUCAAAUCCUGUCUCUUGAUAUGUCCUUGUUGUGUAUAGGAGCUUGGUAACUUAAUUUUCCUGGGACUCAAACUUCCUCAUGCUGGCAGAUGGUGAAAACAGCUCCAAGUCAACUAUAGCUUGCCCGUUCUAUACUGAUGAUUCUGUUGCACACACCCCCAACACACCACCCACACUAACAUACUGCUGGUAUUCUGAACAUACCCUGUUACCCUGUAUUUUUCUGUUUCCUCCUGGAGUGUGCACUUAUUUAAACUAGGUUAUGGGACAGUACUUGGUUGACUACAAAACAUUAUACAGAUGUUAGUCCUCAAGAGUACCAGGUCUGAAGUCAAACCUGGGUUCCAGUCCCAAUUCUGCCACUUAGUAGCUGGAUGACCUUGGGUGUGUCUGUCAGUUUCCUCGUCCCCAAAUGGGAAUAUUAAAUGGUGUCUAAUCUCAUUGAGAUAUUGGGUUUAGUUGUAAGGAUUAAAUGGUUAAGACACUUGGCAGAGACUGGAGCACAGCAAGAAAUGAAAUAAUAGUUGUCAUUGCUGUUGAUCAUAAUUACCAACAUCUUUUUCGAUUAGAGUUCCUUGGUUCUUGGUUCCUUGCCAUUACCUGCAAUGGGUAACAGUUCUGACUGAACUACGUGGUGCUAUUGGCCCUACUUGUCCCUGGACAGAACGUCAGGUGGUUUCAGUCUCUUUGAACAAAACAAGUCAUUUUUAUUUCAUGGUAGCCUUAGAAAACCUGGGCUACUAAACAUCUGUGACCUCUUACUGUUAAAGUUCAUUGCUGUUUAUUAGUUAAGGAGCUGCUCACUUCUUCCAGAACACUGUAUAGAAGAAAGAUACUGGAUCUGAGACAGACAACUGUCAAAACACCAACUAUGUGUAAUGGGCAAAGGGGGUGGCUGAAAUCUCAAAGAAUGAGCCACAAUUUUAAGAAGCAUCUAGAAAAGAUUAGUUGGUAAUUUUUAUUUUGCUACCCCCGUGCUGCCUCCUGGGUACGAAUGGAUUUCUUGGCAAUGUAAAAAUAAAACAGUUGGCAGUUGGCAGGAGGGGAAUAUUAAAGAAAAUAAUAUUUGUGUACUAGGUGGUCUGUUUCUGAGUUAUGAAUAGUAAAAUUCAGUAAUUCUGGUUACCUUUCAGACCGCUUGAAAAAUGAAAAAGAACCAAUGGUGUUGAAACUUAAGGACUGGCCACCAGGAGAGGAUUUUAGAGAUAUGAUGCCUUCUAGGUUUGAUGAUCUGAUGGCCAAUAUUCCACUGCCUGAGUACACACGGAGAGAUGGCAAACUAAAUUUGGCCUCCAGGCUGCCAAACUACUUUGUGAGGCCAGAUCUUGGUCCCAAGAUGUAUAAUGCUUACGGAUUAAUUACUCCAGAAGACAGGAAAUACGGAACCACAAAUCUUCACUUAGACGUAUCUGAUGCAGCUAAUGUCAUGGUGUAUGUGGGAAUUCCCAAAGGACAGUGUGACCAAGAAGAAGAAGUCCUUAAAACCAUCCAAGAUGGAGAUUCUGAUGAACUCACAAUAAAGCGAUUUAUUGAAGGAAAAGAGAAGCCAGGAGCCCUCUGGCACAUAUAUGCUGCAAAGGACACAGAGAAAAUACGAGAAUUCCUUAAAAAGGUAUCAGAAGAGCAAGGUCAAGAAAACCCAGCAGACCAUGAUCCCAUUCAUGAUCAGAGCUGGUAUUUAGACCGAUCACUAAGAAAGCGUCUUCAUCAAGAGUAUGGAGUUCAAGGCUGGGCUAUUGUACAGUUUCUUGGGGAUGUGGUAUUUAUUCCAGCAGGAGCUCCACAUCAGGUUCAUAACUUAUAUAGCUGUAUUAAAGUGGCUGAAGAUUUUGUUUCUCCAGAGCAUGUUAAACACUGUUUCUGGCUUACUCAGGAAUUCCGUUAUCUGUCACAGACUCAUACCAAUCAUGAAGAUAAAUUACAGGUGAAGAAUGUUAUCUACCAUGCAGUGAAAGAUGCAGUUGCUAUGCUGAAAGCCAGUGAAUCCAGUUUUGGCAAACCCUAGGGGUCCCAGAGACUCCUUAACCCCUGUACAUUGGAAGUGAAUUCCUGGCAGCUGAUCAAACUCUUCAGGCAGGAUUCCUGUGGACUUUGAGAUUCAUGUUACCUCAGCUUCUUUUUUAAACUGUACCCAACUGGUAAGGGUACUCUGUCUAAUGUAUAUUUCUAGUGUUUACACACACUAAAUGUGUAUAUGUAGGAACUAUUUACAGAACAUGCAUCCUUAAACUGUGACUUUUCACCUAGUGCAGAACUUCUACCAUAUUCUGUAAAAACAAAACCUCUUACCUGCUCUGGAACAAUACCUGCAGUUACUCCCCAGCUGUGGGGUUGGACAGCUUAGUCAGAAUGGGUUUAUAACUAUUAGGAAUCACUGCGCAGUUUAUUUGGUUGUAUUUUGUUUUGUGUGUGUCGGAGUACCCUCUCCCUCAGCCUGUAGGGCUCAGGUGAGCGACGGAGGAAGUGACAGCUAAUGAUGCAGUUCCUGCUGUGUUGCAUUAGGACUGGCAUUAUAUAGCAGAAAUCAACUACUGUACAAUUCUUGGGUUUAACCAUCUUUAUUUAGUUCAAUGGAGUUUUAAUUUAAAUGAAGCUUUGCUAAUUUUAAGUGUUAAGCAUUUUGCAUUAAAGUAUUCAUAUAAUA